AUGUCAGAGAGGAGGCUACAGAGGAAGUCAGAGAGGAGGCUACAGAGGAAGUCAGGUGGAGGUGAAGGAGGAGGCUACAGAGGAGGUCAGGAGGAGGUGAAAGAGGAGGUUACAGAGGAGGUCAGGAGGAGCCGCCCCGUCACUCACGCUGUUUGUCCUGGGAUGGGAUCUGUUUCUCUGGGUGGUGAGCUGCUGACGGAGACCCGCGUCCCAGGUGGCCCCACAUCAAAAACAUCACUCACUCUCUUUGUUGUGCGAAGGGACAGGGGCCACGGCGCAACCUCCGCAGGAUCUCCCCCGCUAUCGGCUGUCCCGCAGGAGACGCUAAAAGCAACCGUCAGUCAAAGGAGAAGAAGAAGCCGCCGCAUUCCAGCCCGAGGUCACAGAGUGGUGCGCCCGGUGCGGAGGGUCUGCGGCUUUUAG